GUCUGCAAACCAAGAAAGUGUUUUUUUUUCUGUCCCAUGUGUGAAAUUCUUUUCAAUAUUACUGGUCAAAAUUGCUCAAGAUAUAUAUACAGAAGUAAUGACAAGUCGUUUUGUUCAAAAAUGGAGUCAAUUACUGUACUCAAUGAUGAGGAAUACUCGCAAAACUGUGAAAUCAGAUUCACGACCAAGCGACUUUCCUCACCGCACACUCCCUUUUUUAAAAAGCAUGGACAAACGAAACAAACCUUUUACUGUUGUAAUUGAAGGAAACAUUGGUUCAGGCAAGACCACACUUCUUAAUUAUUUUAGUAAAUACAGAGAUGUUGAGGUUUUGCAAGAGCCUGUUGAGAAAUGGAGGAAUGUUGAUGGACAUAAUCUUUUGAGCUUACUGUAUGAUGAUCCAGCCCGUUGGAGUCUGACUUUUCAGACUCAUGUACAAUUGACCAUGCUUGAUCAUCACACUAAGGAGACAUCUGCUAAAGUAAAACUAAUGGAGAGAUCCUUAUUUAGUGGGCGCUAUUGUUUUGUGGAAAACUUGCAUGAAAGCAAAUUGAUGGAACCUGCUGAGUAUGCAGUCAUUUCAGAGUGGUUCAAGUGGAUAACGAAAAAUGUUGAUGUUGAAGUUGAUCUCAUUGUUUACUUGAGAUCUGAUCCUGAAGUAGUUCACAAAAGGAUUUUGCAGCGUGCUAGGAAGGAAGAGAAGACUGUCCCCUUAAGUUAUAUUGUAGCUUUGCAUGAAAUUCAUGAAGAUUGGCUUCAUCACAAAGUUUCUCAUCCCGUGCCUGCACCAGUCUUGGAAAUCGACGCCAAUGUGGAUUUAACUGAAAUGCUAAAACAAAUAUCUUUAGUCGAAAAUCAGAUCUUGAACAGAAAAGCAAUCAAACGUGUUCUCUCGUCACCUAGUUCCUCGCCAUCUAAAUUAGUUUCUCCUGCAUAGUCAAACCCAACGUGAUGGCUUGUUCGUUGCUGGUGACCAAAUGAAUAGCUAUUUUGCAUUGUAUCGAGUAGCAUUCAUGUAAUAGUUUUCAUUUCCAAUCAUUUUCUUAAUAUAAUAAACACGAAUUUAUCAUAAA